GGCAGUCCGGGGACCGCCCCGCCCCCUGGUCAAGCCCCGGGUUCUUUUCUCUUCAGUUUCCAACUCCUACAAACGAGUCCCCCAAGUCCCGGGCUGCUUUUAUGGGGCCGCUCAGCCUGCCGGCCGGCUCCCGUCGCCCCUCGAAGUCCCUGAGAAGAGUGGAGGGAGGAGGGACGUCGGCGUCGAGGGAGGCCGGGGAAGGGAGCGGAUUCCUAGGGGACGUCCUGCCUGAGGGCGGAGGGGGACCGCGACAGGGCGUUUCUCUCUGAGCGCCGCCAGACACGCCUGGAACCCGGGCCGGGCGUCCAGAGCUAAUCCUGCCUGCAGAAGCUUUUAUUUUGGCAUAAGAUUCGUAAAAGGCUUUGAGGUACAGACGGUUUGUUCCUGUCGUGGCUAACUUUAAGAAGCGCUAUUUGUCAGAAUUGAUAAGACCAUGGCACAAAACCGUGGCGGUUGGAUUUGGUGUAACCCUGUGUGCGGUUCCUAUUGCACAGAAAUCGGAGCCUCACUCUCUCAGUAACGAUGCGUUAAUGAGGAGGGCCGUGUCUUUGGUAACAGACAGCACCUCUACCUUUCUCUCCCAGACCACGUAUGCAUUGAUCGAAGCUAUCACUGAAUAUACUAAGGCUGUUUAUACCUUAAUUUCUCUGUACCGACAAUAUACAAGUUUACUUGGGAAAAUGAAUUCACAGGAGGAAGAUGAAGUAUGGCAGGUGAUCAUAGGAGCCAGAGUUGAGAUGACUUCAAGACAGCAGGAAUACCUGAAGCUGGAAACCACCUGGAUGACUGCAGUUGGUCUCUCCGAGAUGGCAGCCGAAGCUGCAUACCAAACCGGAGCAGAUCAGCCGUGUAUAACCGCCAGGAAUCACAUUCAGCUGGUGAAACUGCAGGUGCAGGAGGUGCGCCAGCUCUCGCAGAAGGCGGAAACCAAGCUGGCAGAAGCUCAGACAGAGGAGCUCCGUCAGAAAACACAGGAGGAAGGGGACGAGAGGCCCGAGCCGGAGCCGGAGCCGGAGGCCUACCUGCGAGAGGACUGAGGGCCUGACCUGCUGCCCUGUCUGCCUGCUGAGUGGGGGAAGCAGGGGCAGAACCAUCCUGCCCAGGGUUGGCGCGACUCUCCUCGCCGCGCAGGGAAGGGGCGGCAGGUUCUGGCCCGGCCCAUCAGGCGAGAGGCCUCUGUGAGCUAGAGUGCCCGGCCCCUCCCCCUGCGGUCUCAGGCUCGUCCUGGACCAGGUUCUUGUCACUGCAUCCUCUUUAACACUUCACCCCACUCCGUACAGCUGCUCCCACCGCUGCUGUUCUUACCUCAGACCCAAAGCAUUCGCCAACCUGGGCCAGAGAAAGGGGUCCUUUCUGGUCAUGCCCUUAGGUUCAGUAGCUGUUCAGCCUCAGUUUUUAAUCUUACAUUUUCAAAUAUGAUUUAGUAUUUGCUCCCUCUGAAGUAUUUGCUAACGUGGGAGGGAGCAAUGUGAAUUUUGGGGGAAGGGGAGCCCAUUUGGUUAGCAGGAUUUCCAAGUGUUUCCAAUUCCUUCUCUGAUCGGGCCCCGCUGCCCUGCAAGGACAGCCCAGGCCAACAAGUCAAAAGCCUGUCACCGUGAAGGGAAUGAAUGCAGAGUGUUUACCUGGUGCUCUCAACGGGACUGUUCUAACACAUGCCUCUCCUUUCCUUCUUUCGAGUUUGUCUGUUGUAUCUAAAGGAAAAGAAUAAAUUUUUUUUUCA